AUGAGUAUUUUGGAGGUGCAAUCUGGAGGAAUGGAGAAAAUUGGUUUUACCAAAAAGGAUAUUUACAAUUUUGAAUAUUAUGAAAGUAGCCUAAUGAAGAACCAUGAUGUUGAACUGGUGACUGAGUAUUUUUUAGCUGAACAGAAAAACAAUAGAUCAUUUUAUUUCAAGAUUGAGGGAGAUUCCAAUGACAGGCUUACUCGAUGUUUUUGGGCAGAUGCAACUUCUAGACGAGCAUACGGGUUUUAUGGAGAUGUUGUUGUGCUCGAUACCACAUUCAACACGAACCGAUAUGGCUUGCCAUUUGCACCAAUGUUGGGGGUUAAUAACCAUGGUCAGACUAUUGUUUUAGCUUGUGCAUUUUUAAGUAAGGAAACGACUGAGUCAUUUAUUUGGAUGUUUGAGGAGUUUAAGAAAGCCAUGCCAGGUGGUGAGCCAAAAAUGAUCAUUACAGAUCAAGAUGCAGCUAUGGCUAGAGCGAUUUUUGAAGUAUUCCCCACUACAUUUCAUCGACUUUGCAUAUGGCACAUCACAACCAAGUUCUCUGAUAAACUACCACGGAUUGCUUAUGAGGAAUAUUGGAAAGAUUUUAAGGAAACCAUCUGGGAGAUUUACAAUAUAGAUGAAUUUGAAGAAAAGUGGCAUGCAAUCGUUACAAAAUCUGGUUUGACUGACCAUCCAUGGCUAAGUUCAGUUUUUGAUUUGCGAAAAUCAUGGGUUCCAGCCUAUGUAAAACAUGUUUUUGCUGCUGGAAUGUCAACCUCAAUGUGCUCUAUUGAUGACAAUGGAUAA